AUGAAUUAUGUAUUCUCAGUGCUUUGGUGUAUCUUAUUGAGCUGCCUUGUAAGAGGACAAGAAUCUGCUACAAAUUUUUACAAGUUUGUAGAUUCCUUCGCUUCAUCCACAUAUAUUUCAGAGGAAUCUGGAAGUUCUCUUUAUGAUGCGAAAAGAGCUAUACAAAAUAACCCCAGUUAUUGGUGUAGUUCUGGGAAUCAUGCAAAGGAUGAAGAAAUUACUUGGACUGGUUAUUUAAAUGCAAAGGGAUUUAUAAAAGGAGUAAAAAUAUCAUGGGAAUACAGUCCAGAAAUGGUAAGCAUAUCUGUGUCUAGUGAUGGAGAAAAUUAUAAAAAUGUUAUUCCUUAUAAGAGAGUUUCUGGAAACGAAGCUUCUUUUGCAGAAAUAUACUUUUUUAAAAAAAUAGAGGAAGCUACAUUUGUAAGAAUUGGAUUAAAAAAUUCUAUUCACAAAUAUUUUGGAAUAAGGGAAGUGAAAAUUAUUGGUGGAGGGGAUCCAUAUUUUAUCUUAUUAUCAGGCAUUACAAGUGAUAAUGAAAUGUGUUUACAAGUAGAGGAAGGGUUGAUAAAUAAUGAUAAUACCUCUGUUAUAUUAGAUUCAUGCAUAAAUGCUUUAGCAAGUGGAGACGGUAGAGAGUUGUGGAAAACCAAUUCUAAUAAUCAAAUAAUUAGUGCCUUUAGCGACCCUCCUAAGUGUUUAUCUGUUGUUAAUUUAGAUAAUUUAGAAAAUAACAAUAUUGUUUUAUAUGAUUGUUUAAGAGCUUUGGAAGAUGGUGAUGGAAAGUCUAAUUGGAUAUUUGAAUCUAAUUCACAAAUUCGAUUACAGAGAAGUGGUGAACCUUUAUGUAUUUCACAAAAUAACAUAUAUGGAAAUGUACCAGGAAUUCAUGAUAUUCUUCUCAACAUGGAUGUGUCCGUUGAUUCUAAUUCAAUUUUGGAUGAUGAUCAUAAUCCUGACAAUACUAUAGAUGGAAACUUGAAUAGCUAUUGGGCUUCCGCAACAUUUGCAGAUAACUAUGAUCACUUGGUUUCCUUCAUUCUAGAUUUAAACAAGUAUGCAGAAAUAUCAAGAAUAAAAGUUUUUUGGGAAUACCCUCCUUUACAUUAUAGCAUAGGUGUCAGUACAGACAACCAUGAGUAUAAAACCAUUGCUGAAAAUUUAGCAAAUCCUAGCUUUGUAACAAUAGAUUCAUUAAAAAAUGUAGAAACAAGGUAUAUCAAGAUAUCAAUGAUUAAGCCCCAUCCUAAACAUGGUGAAAUGGGAGAACAGUUUUUGUAUGGAAUAAGAUCCAUAGAAGUUCAGGCGAACAAUUUAGAAACCGUAUUACGUUAUUGCAGAGAUGCAGCUAAUUCAGAUGAUGCUAGAGAUAAAUAUUUUGUUGAAUAUAUAACUGAAUUUGAUCAAGAAUUAACUAAUAAACUGAUUAAUCUUGAAGAUGAUGUAUCAAAAAAUGUAAAUUCUAUCAGUGAGAAAUUAUCGAAAUUGGAAGAAUUAUUACCUAAUAUUGAAACCUGUUUACAAGAAAAAAAAGAAUAUGAUGAGGAAUUAAAAGUAUCUAAGGAAAAGGCAAAUGAAUUAAAUGAAAAGUUGUCAUCAUUAGCAUCAGUGAAUUUAAUUCAUGAUAACGAUUUACUAAAAUUAGGUAUGCUUCCUGGUGAUUCAUCUUCCUACCCAGCUAGCGAUUGUUCUGUUAUUAAAAAUUCCCAAGAAAUACCCCAAUCAGGAUUUUACUGGAUAAAGCCCAAAUGUGCACCCGAACCUUUGAGAGUAUAUUGUGACAUGCUUUCAAGUACAUCUAUAUAUAUAUGGAAUGGAAAUUCCUCCAAAUCCCCAGAUCAUUUAAUUACCAACAUUAUCAAUUCAGUGGAUGAUAUUAGACAACAUUGUGCUGAAAUAGGAUUAGAACCACUGAUUUUAAGAUCAAAAAGUCAACUAAAUAGUUUAAUUUUAUCGUUAAAAAAAAUGGGAUUCAUGUUAAAUGGAAAAAACAAUAUUCCAUUAGCUUAUGAUUAUUCUUGUGAUCAUGGCAGUUGUAGUGGAAAGUUUCAUGAUUUGUUAAAUGGCAAUAUAGAUUUAACGACGCUAAUUUAUUUAAAAGCAUCUGAAUCACCAAAUAGCACAAAAGUUAGACAAACUGCUGGAAUAUCAUAUGAUGAUGGAUCUUUUAAAUUUUUUAACUUGGAAACAUCGGAUAUAUCUGCCAUAGUUUGUUCUACUAAUGUAACAGAGAAUGAUGCUGUGGUACAAUAUUUGAGUAUAAACUGUGAAACCACGGCAACUGAGGAUCAUUUUAAUUCAAUUGUAAAUACCAAUGUGGUUGUGCUAUGUCCAUUAGGGUGUGAAAAUGAAAAUUUUAAAAAUAAUGAAGUAUAUGGAAGUAAAGGAACAUAUGCAGAUAACAGUUCUAUUUGUAGAGCAGCAAUACACGCAGGUGUGGUGGACAAUAAGGGAGGGUUAGUGAACGUAACAAUUGAAUCUGGAAUGGACCGUUAUGAAGGGUCCAUUAAUAAUAAUAUAGAAUCCAUUUCUUUAAAUAAGGAACCAGGGGGAUUACUCGAUAUAAUUACUAAUGAUAAGGAACAGGAUAUUAAGGAAGAAAGAAGCUUUUUUCAUCAUAGGACGAUACGAAUUAGUAAUUUAUCUGCUGAUUGUCCUAUAGACUUGUUUCAAUACAAACAGACGUCAUUUUUUCAAAGGUUAGACACGACAAAAGAAAGACAGGAAAUGAAACACAAUGAAGAAGAAAAUAGAGAAAGCAUUAUUUUUCAUGAGUUAAUUACAGAUUUGUUAAAUAACAUUGAUGCUAUUCACGGGGUUGAUCCUUCAGUAAUUUCAAUUGUUCAAGAAGAAGCAGUAAGAGUUAUAGAAAAAUCUAAGAAGGAAUUAAAACCAGCUGAUUUAUUAUCCAAAAAGCAGACUGAUGAUGCUAUAAAUUUGUACAAUAUAACAGAAGAUUUAGCAUUAUAUCUAUAUGACUUAUCAGGAAAAUACAUGGACGAUUUGGAAAAGUUGAAAGAACGUUUAGAGGAGUUAAAAAAAGCGCAAAAAGUAGCUCAUAACUUUGGCACAUUUAAAUUGAACUAUGAAACUAUGAAAUUUUCAUUGCAUUUCCAUAUUUUUGAUUCAAAACUAACAAAAAAUGUGUCUAGCACUUGGGGAUAUGCAGAUACGGAUAUAUUAGGACACAAAAAUAGUAUUGGUCAAACAAGCAGUAUUUCGAACAUAGAAAUAAGUGAAGGAUAUUAUGCAAAAUUGAAAGGAUUCAAUUUUUAUGACUUUGAAAUAAAUGUAAGUAUGUUAAGCAAGGGAACGGGGUGUAUGGGCAUAGUGUUUAGAGCUAAGGAUGAUUUUAAUUUUUAUUUAUUUGAUGUAUGCGAUAAGGAAGGAAUAAAAAGAUUGUCUAAGGUUGAAAAUGGAAAUGUGGACAUUUUAAAGGAGAGCUAUGGAGAAGUCACAGUAAAUACUAGAUGGAAUAAGUACAAAAUUGUAACAAGUCAUGCAAAUAUUGAUAUUUAUGAAGUAGAUGAAAAUUCAAAUGAAAUUAAUAUAUUGAGAUCUUUAGAUGAACGGUUCUUGUCUGGUACUGUUGGUUUAUAUUCUCAAAUUCAUGGACAGGGUUCAUUUUUUGAUGAUUUAGAGAUUAUAGCUCGACCAUGUUCUGAAUUAUCAAAAAGGGAGGAGAAUAAAAAACAGAGGGAAUUUUCUGAUUGUCCAUACUAUAAGGAAAAUUACUUAAGCGAAACGUUGUUUCCAUAUAUUAUUAUUAAUGAUGUGGAUUAUGACUGGAGUUUUGAAAAGGAGGAUGACAAGUACAUAGAUCAAGAAACGAAUGAAGAUAUCCAUGAUAGAAAUGAUAGAGAAUAUUUAUUAUGCUCAAAAAAUGUGAAAGAUAGCGUUUUUCCGAGUAGGGAAAGGCGUGAUAGCAUAGCGCUUUUAAAACAGAGGAAGUGCUCUGAUGGAUAUUUUACUUUAUACAUGAAUUUCUCUAAGGAAGAAAAUAAUACUAAUGAUAAUGAUGAAUAUAUAAAAAUUCUUUUCAACUUUGUAAACGAAGAGAACUAUAAUGCAGUUGAAAUGACAAAUGAUAGCGUUAGGAUUGUAGCCUAUAGGAAUGACAAACCUUUAACAGUAUCUGAACUGACAGAUAAGGACAAAAUUAAAAAGGUGUUAGUACAAAAUGAGUGGGUUAAUAUAAAAUUAAAUUUCAAUAAAUCAAAAGUUAUGGUAAACAUAAAUAAUAAUGAGGAAGAAUUAAGACUAGACACAGACAAUGUUGAUAUAGAUAUGAAUUAUUCAGGUCAACUUGGGUUCUUGGUUCAUAAUUAUAGGGAGGUAAAAUUUGCUUCGAUCCUUCUUUCACCUGUUAUAUCAAAUUCAGAUGGAAAUUUUAUACAAACUAAAUCCAAGGCAUGGGGAACUUGUGAAGAUUCUGUACAUGUAUUAAAUAGAAGGUACUCAUGUGAAACUGACAUAUAUCCGAAUGAGACAAAAGAAAAACAUAUUAAAUGUAUUAAAAAUUUUUGUGAAGAAUGUUGUAUGCAUCAUACACAAAUGUUGGAUAGUAAUGAAAAAAAACAAUGCGAAAAACAUUGUAAAAAGAAUGAUCAUUUAGCGGCUAAGAUACAAAUGCUUUUUGAAAAAUUUUUGAAUAAAUGUGUUUCUUUGGAUCAAAAUGAAGAUUACGAAAGGUGUGAUGACAAUGACACCGAAUGUAGAAAGAAAGUUUGUGUACUUUGCUGCAAAAAAGAUGACCACCCAAAUUCUAAGGAAUUGAAGGGUCUAUCUAUGCAUAAGUCAAAGGAUAUACAGCAAAAAGAAGUAAUCGAAUGUCAAUAUCAGUGUAACCGUACCCACGUGUGA